AUGGCCGAUUGGUCGAGACUGCCCCAGAUCUCACUCUGCCGCGUGCUUCUUCUUUGGCCGCAAACAGACACAGGCGCGGUUCGUCGUCCGGCGGCUCUUCGGCUGCACAGUGACCAUACAAACACAGCUACUUUGGCUCAGCAAUUGUCCACGUGGGUAGCAUAUACGACCUGCCAUCCGGAAAAGGAAGAAGCUUGCUUAUGUAAUACACGCACUGUCCGCUUUACCCGCUGUUCGCUUACGCACUGUUCGCUGGGAAAAGUAGACGCCCCACCGAACCCGCCACUUAAAACCUCGGGUCACCAGCAGAACUCUUCCAUCUUCAUCCAGCUUCUCCUCUUUAGUACUGUUGAUUUGAUGCCACUGGACAAUAGAAACCAACAGUAG